CACUUGUGAUUGACACUGUCGGCUCAUUUUCGAUACAGAUCGUGACGCUAGUAAGGAGAAGCGGUUAAAAGGAAUGAAUGAAUUAAUGAAGCUUGUCCUGGAAAUCAUUUGAUUUUGCAGCUCCAUGAUCGUGGUCAGCUGAGUCGUCAAAGGCAAUCAAUGAAGAAGUUGUUUUGAGAAAUGAAAGUUUGACUCGUCACAUCAAUCAGCAGUGGGUCAAAGACAUAACAUGGUCAAUUUGCAAGACGCCCUCCGUUCCGGGAACAGACAGCCAGUAAACUCAAGACUGAUGAUGAAAUCAGGAGUUUGAGCUGCCCCAGAUUGCUUCUUAUAAACAAACGACAGACAUUCUUGCCGGUGAUGGCAGACUUCAGCGACCUCAUUGUCCUCAUUGGAGACUUUGGGCCAUUCCAGAAAAGACUGGUGGUGCUAUGUUCCCUGCCGCUGAUCCCCUUCUCCUUUGCCCUGGUGGGAGUCGUUUUCCUAGGCAAGACGCCGGAUCACUGGUGCGCCGGCCCAGAGGGCGAGCACCUACGGGUGGAGUGCGGCUGGACGGAGGCGCAGGUGAGGGAAGUCACUGUACCCCGCUCGGGAGUGUCCUUCAGCCGCCGGGACUUGAACUGGAGUCAGAUCACAUGCGGAGAACUCGACCACCUGCCGCUCUUCAACAAGACCCGAGUGAAACCUUGUGUCGGAGUAUGGGCGUUCGAUAAACGCUACACCACGAUUGUUUCUGAGUUGUCGGUGGUGUGCGAGAGCUCCUGGCUCGCUAAUCUCAAUCGAGUCAUGAUGGCGUGUGGGCUCUUCGUCGGCGCUUUCAUCACUGGCUACAUGUCUGACAGGUUUGGCAGGAAGCCUUGCUUCUUCGCCUUCAUGUUCGCUGGCGUGGGCGUGAUGCUGUCGCCGUGGUACACACUGCUGCUGGCGGUUCGCUUCCUGCAAGGGUUUUUUGAAAAGGGAGCAUGCUCAGCGUGCUAUAUGACUCCUCCUCUGAAGAAGAAAGAACUCCAUCCUGUGUCCUUUCUGGACUUGCUUAAGACACCCUUGAUCAGGAGGAACACGCUCAUUUUAAUAUAUGCCUGGCAAGUUAGUUUGCUGAUCUUCGUGGUUGGACCGGAUUCCUUUCUACAGUCAUGUAGAUGCCUUAUACCCCUCUGGAGGUUUUCAAGCAGUAGUGUGUUCUAUGGUCUGGUUUUGCAUCUGGGGAUCACUGGUGACAACCACUUAUUGGACUUCUUCAUCUCUUCGGUGGUGGAGCUCCCCACGGGCCUCAUUUUCUACCUGCUGGUCGACAGAAUUGGCCGCCGGUCCCUCUUAGCCGCGACCAAUUUAAUCGGAGGCCUCGUCUGCCUCGCCGCGCCCUUCGUCUCCUCAGGUAGGUUUCCUGGUUGAAAAAAAACCAUGGCGUUCAUUGGGAGGCUCGCUAUUGCUACCGCAGUGGAGACGCUCAGCUUUGCUAACACAGAGCUGUAUCCCACCACUCUGAGAAAUCUGGGCGUGUCCAUGUGUUCAUCAGCAUGUGACGCCGGGGUCAUUGUGGCCCCGUUGCUGCUCUACAGGCUGGCAAGGAUCUGGCAGGAGCUUCCCUUUUGCGUAUAUGGGGCUAUUUCAGUGGUGAACUGGGGCUUGGUGACACUGUUGCCAGAAAUGAAGGGAGUCGUGCUACCAGAGACCAUCCAGGACCUGGAGAAUCUAAGAAGAAAACAAAACCAAUCCAAGGAAGCGAACGUCUCAAUGACGUGACGAAAGGAGGGAGUCUCAAGAAGAUAAGAUUUUUGCAUCCUUCUAUAUUUAAGGCCCUCUUGGAAUGUAGACAAACUUCUCCCAGGGAAUUUGCCCAAUUGAGCUCCAGUCGAAAGCACGUAUCCUUGAGACUCUAAAUCGCCAAGCUUUUUUGGCUAAUCUAAUGUGUCCAAGGCGUCUAACUUUGAUCAUUUCAAGGAUUUCCAGUGGGGCUUAUUCAUUUCCAUUUGGAGCUUAAUUUAUUGCGUUUACGAGGCCUGUCCCUCUAGUGUUCUAAGAACAAAUUAGGAGAGGCUAGAUAUUGAUGUAUGACAUCAGCGCUUAUCUGUUACUUUAUCCUUGUUGCUCAUUUUUUGAAUCAUGUCUAUUUUAGAAGUGCCAAUAAAGUGACUUGCGAGAUGAAGCCCAUCUUUUUUAGCAUCUGCCUUCUUUGCCUUUUUUUCUAGCAUCCAGACAACAAUACCAGCGAUUGUUGAAAGACGUCCAUUUGUUACACUGUAUAUCUAAUUGAUGCGUGUUUUUGUUCAAGCUUUUUGUCCCGGUGAAUGUUUCCCCAGAAAAGGCUGAGGGCGGCCAACAAAAGCUGCCCCACAUACGUCGUGUCGACUGAAUGAGACGACCUGUACGCGUUAGCUAUG